AUGUCGUGCCGCUUCUCGAAUCACGGAGACUUUGUGCCCGAAUCGUUCGAUUCAAUAUCAUGUUCUGCCUGUUUCUACUUCAUUUUUAUGCUCGUCAAACCUUAUUCAGAAAGGUGAGUGUGUCCAGUUCCUCAUUGCACAGAAAAGGUGUCUAUUUUCCUUCUCUUCUCACUUAAUUAUUUAUCGUUUCGCCUCUCUUUUCCGUCAAUUAGCGACGCGCCUCCGUGCCUUUUGUCGUCCUGGAAGACUGGAUUAGAGUUCACUUUUGUGUCUGCAGAGAAAACAACAAAAUGAGAUUUUACAGAAAUAUCUGCGGUUUGAAAGUUCAUUCAAAAGACUUUUCUCGGUUUUCGAAAGUGCUUCCGGCGCUCCAAUUGACUUCAUCCUUCCAGAUAUCGAACAGAAUUGUGCGAGGACACAUCGGGAGUGCUCAUUUGUCCCAUCGGAAGUUCGUCGUUCGAAUGCAACUGCUCAAUGAGCUCCCACGUAUUCAACAUCCCCGAGUUCGCCCUCAACUCGUUAGUUUCUUUCUUUCUUUUUCAAUUUCAAAAGAGCCUCUGCCCCCGAUAAUCCAUUCAAUUUGUUGGCAACAUUUGCCGAAUUCGCGUGAAAAGUAGACAAAAAGUAAUUGGAAAAAGGAUGAGGAAAUGAGGAUUACUGUAGUCGGAAUGGCUCGGUUUCCCACCAGUGCAACCCACAUAGUUUCAUUCCAUUUCGCUUCAUUUCUUUCGGUGCCCUCACAAAAGGUUCCGUCUCGGAUUUCAACGCGUGUGCUCAAUGAGCACACGAUGCUCCUAAAAAAGAACGUAUCCAUUACGAGGCGGUCCCGGGCACCACCAAGUAAUGCGAUUACCUUCCGUCCCGACGGCAGACUUUCGUCGAGGGCAACGAGCAGCAAAUUGUCGCGCUUCGCUCGCAACAUUUCUUUCGAAUUCGGACCCCGAAUGUCUGUGCUCCGUGUGCAUGAUUGGCCGAGAGGGUGCGGCUCCAGAAGAGACACAGACGCACUGACCGCCGCCUCAUUUCCUGACCAUGUCCAACGAGUAAAAGGUCCGUUUUCUAUUUCGGAAAAGGAAAGGACACGUGACCUCCCGAGGGACCGCACAAGUUUCUAAUUUCUGCGAAGGUUCCAGAUUGACAGGAGGGCAAAAAAAGGGGUUCCCGGAGGAGAUGGGCAGAACAUCAUCCAUCUAGAUGGAACAGGCACUUGUCAGAAGUGUGCAUGACGGACACCGCCGUUUUCUGAUGCCGAAAGUUGUUCUUUGCGAACGAAACGUGAAGGGGCCGGAAAUGCGAGGUGGCAGGGACUGAGUCAGACGGGAAGUACGAUCGGACGGGCACUCGGGGACGCAAUCUAGAAGAGGCCUACUUCUUCUGGCUCCGGAAUACAUCAGGUUCACGCAUCCCGUGUUUUGCAUAUUCCCACUGCCAAUGUCUCUUCCGCCCACCUCCAAAUCUUGUUCAAUGGAGCAUUUCGACCCUUUCCGUAACCCCCUCACUCUCCGUUUCCUCCCACUCUUUUUCUCCUCUUCAACUCUCCGAUUUUUUGAGUCUUCAUGUUCCGAAAUAUCACUUCUUCUUGCCCGCAAGAUCCGUCUUCCCAUCAUAACCGCCGGUCUGGGUCCCUCGUCUCAUGGCACUGCCUCGCCAUCUCAUAUCGCAACACAUGAUACGCGAAAGAAACACUUUGAAACGCGAAGAAACGAUGAGAUCACGUCUAGAACCGCACCGGGGAGUCUCGGGGAAUCGCUGUGGAUUCGGGGACGGACUGCUUCUGAAAGUACAGUAAUCCUUGACCUGGUCUUAGGACCAGGAAAAUGGGGGAAAGUCGAGAGAACAAAAAGUGACGGAUCGGUCGGGUGAGAGAAGAAAUGACGGGGCAAAAUGACAGUUUGUGUAAAAGUUUGCAACAUUUCAUCACGGAUCCUCUCCCGAGAACACAGAAAAACACAUUCUUUCCCUCGGGCAAAAAGAAGCGACCGGAUUAGGGAUGGACGUACUUUUGAGGGCUGGAAGACGAAUGUCUGGGAGCGAAACAAGGCGCCGAGCGAUGGGAACAGAAGAGGACUCUAAUCCCUUCAUUCAUGACAAGAUUGCUUCGCUUUCGAGGCAGACACAGAGAGCACCGCGCCGAUUUUCAACUUUUCAUUUGAUGAAACAAGUGCCUUGUGUCUCGUCAUUCGCAAAUGGAAACGAAAAAUAGUUUAUUUCUGUAAAUUGGAUUGGAAGGUUCAACUUUUGUAGAUUUCCGGGUAAGGAGGAAAGAAAAAUGGAUGCCAGGGCGAGAAAAAAUGUGCGAAAGGAAAUUGAAUGGAGGAAAAGUUCGCGCCUUUUCUGAGCGAAACUAAAUCAAAUACGCACUUUUCGAAUGGAAAAAGGAGACGGAUAGAAGGUUCCAGAUCGAGGACAACGCCGUUGCACCGCCUGGAACUUGAUCCGCCGCUGCCGUUUCAGUUCGAUUUGGUCGUGAGAGACUGCUGUUCGGCCGCCCGUUAUUGCUGCAGAAACACGCUUGUCCAAUGUACGAGAGCUAGUUGAGUACAUGUUCCUUAUCGCUUUGGUUCGCUUACAGACAAACCACGAACGGAGGCAUCGUGCCCUGCCACGUGGGAUGGCUGGAACUGUUUCGAGGGAGCCAUCCCGGGAAAGGUGGCGAGACAUUGCCCCGGUUAUAUUUAUGGAGGACAUUCGAAGACGGACAGUGAUGGAUUGGGUGAGCAGAAAUCCGUAACUUCCGAAAUGUCAAUGAACCAUUCUAGCGUAUCAAGCAUGCACUGAAAACGGAUGGGCAAAGUACGGAGAAGGGUAUCCGAGGGAACACACGGACUACAGUGGAUGCACUUCGAACAAGGUAGGCUUGCGAACGAGCAGUCCAUCUGAAAUUAUCUCUUAUUUGAGGAUGCCGAGACGAAGAUGAUCGCUGGCCUUCUCACCUACUCGGCCAGUGUCAUUUUCCUCAUUCCCGCAGUCAUAAUGCUCAUGAUUCUGAGGUGAGUCCGUCCCGAAAUAGUCCAUUGUUGUGUGCUCAUUGUGCUCUUCUCUCCAGGCCCAUUCGUUGCCAACCAAUGUUCAUUCUGCACCGGCAUCUUCUCCUUUCUUGCCUCGUCUACGGCUCCUUCUAUCUCAUCAACGUCGGUCUUUUCGUCUUCACAGAAGCGCCGCUCUCCUCUCAAAUAUACUCGAACCAUGUGAGUCCGUCUGACCACCGUGGUCACCCCGCAAAACUGAAUUAUUCAAAUUUUCUAAAGCGAGAAAGAACCACCACCUUCUUUUUUUACGUCGUUUUCCAUCUUUUCUCAAAAAAGAGGACAAGAGGAAGUGCCUCAUGACAUGGAUUCCAGAUCUUCUGUCGUUUGCUCUUCUCCAUCCAACUCCGCUAUCUCCGGCUCACAAACUUCUCGUGGAUGCUCGCCGAGGCCGUUUAUCUUUGGAGGUUGCUGUAUACGGCCCAACACUCGGAAGGAGAGACUCUCCGAAGUUACAAACUCAUCUGUUGGGGUACGAAUCCGACCAUUUCGGCAGAGCGCAUUUCCGUUCUCUUCAGGAAUGCCCGGCGUGAUCACGUUCGCCUACAUGUUUCUCCGCGGUCUCAACGAUGACGUCGGCUACUGUUGGAUCGAAAACUCUUCGGUCGCUUGGGUCGAAUGGAUGAUAUUCGCUCCUUCACUUUUGGCAAUGGGCGUCAGUUAAGAAACCCUCUUCCCCCUUUUUAUCAGUAUUUUCAGGUGAAUCUGCUUCUUCUCGGCCUAAUCGUCUACAUUUUGCUCAAAAAACUGCGUUGUGACCCUCACCUGGAGAGAAUUCAAUACAGGUGAGAAGACGGAAUUAGAGGGGGAAACCCGGGGUCGGGGAUCGGAUUUCGGAAGAGACGUCACGAGGGAACUACUUGCAGAAAGGCCGUCCGAGGGGCGCUGCUGCUCAUUCCCGUCUUCGGAGUCCAGCAACUGCUCACCAUUUACCGCUUCAACAACAAAUAUUAUCAGAUUCUGGAUCAGUCGCUGAACGGACUGCAGGUAGUGCCCAUUGUGCAUCCAAUGUGCUCCAUCGCACCAUUCCAGGGCUUCUUCGUCUCGUUUAUACUCUGCUACACCAAUCGGUCCGUCGUUGAAUGCCUCACAAAGUGCUGGAAUUCCCAUCAGGAGAAGCGUGCGCUCGGAGCCGAAUGCCGUCAAAGAAUGAGCAUUCAGGAGAGCGGGAAGCUCCUUUUGAAAGCAUCGCAAAACCCGGACCAUGUCACACUUUGA